CCAAGUCCUGGAGGACGCAAUUCCCCCCACUUCCCCUCCACCUGCCAUCGCUGCCUGAGCCCGCCUGCCCAGAUCUGCUGCUGUUCAGGAAGCAUGAGGCCCCCCGGGGGGACACUUGAACACCUCAUCAGGACCGGGUGGAGAUUCUGGUCUUCGGGGCUCCGCAAGGCCGUUGCCCUGCUGCAGGCCACCUGGACUGCCUACUCCCAGCCCGUCCCAGCCGGCUGUGGCCAGCUGCUGACCCAGGUCCUCCUGUGUGGUUCUCUGGCCCUUGCUGCCGCGAGUCUGACCUACUGCUGGCUAGCAUCCUCGCUGCUUUAUCCUCUCGGGCCCUCGGCCGCGGUGGCCACUGCCUGCGGCCUCCUGGCCUUCCUGGGGCUGGGCCUGGUGCCCCCUGCCCGCUGCCUGUUUGCCCUCAGUGUGCCCACGCUGGGCACGGAGCAGGGCCGCCGGCUUCUCCUGUCCUGGAGCACCGCCACCCUGACCGUCGCCGUGGUGCCCAACGUCCUGGCCAACCUGCGCGCCGCCGGGCAGGUGCUGAGGUGCGUCACGGAGGGCUCCUUGGAGAGUCUGCUCAACACCACUCACCGGCUGCAGACAGCAUCCCAGGCCCUGGGCCCGGACGGCCAGGCGGGCAGCCAAGGCCUGACGCUCCAGGCCCAGGGUGACAGCGCCGCCGCCUUCCGGCUCCACAUGCUCAGGGUCACCCAGCAGGUCCUGGAGGACUUCUCUGGCCUGGAGUCCUCGGCCCGGGGGGUAGCACUGGGGACCCAAAGGGUGGUCACCGGGCUCUUUAUGUUGGGCCUCCUGCUGGACUCGGCCUGGUACCUCCACCGCUACCUGACCGACCUGCGGUUUGAUAACAUCUAUGCCACCCAGCAGCUGACUCAGCGGCUGGCAGAGGUCAGGGCCAGCCACCUGACGGCCUCCCCUCCAGCCUGGCUGCUCUGGGCAGCCCGACCGAGGCUGUCCCAGGCGGAACUGCUGAGUUGUCUGGUGAGGCUGGGGCUGUUCACCCUGCUCCUGAUGGCCACGGCGGUGACGGUGGCCACAGACUACGUGGCCUUCCUCCUGGCGCAGGCAGCUGUGGACUGGGCUCGGGAGCUGCCCACUGUGCCUGUCACGCUCACCGUCAAGUACAGUGCUGCCUACACCGUCCUGGGCUACAUCCCCUUCCUCUUCAACCAGCCGCCUCCGGAGAACCCCUACCUUUCUGCUCACAACUCCUUCCAUUGGGAGUUGCGCUUCACUGCCCCCAGCUGCCCGUUGCUGCCCGCCCAGCUCCCGCACACGGCUGCGCCCCUAGCUGCGGGCGCCCUGCAGCUCGCGGCUUGCUCCACAGUCCUCCUGGAGACCUAUGCCCGCCGCUUGCGGCACAGCAUCGCUGCCUCCUUCUUCAGGACCCAGGAGGCCAGGAGGGUCCGCCACCUUCAUGCCCGUCUCCAGCGAAGAUAUGACAGGCACCGAGGCCAGCCGGCGCAGCCGCAAGACGCUUCCUCCUGCGCCUGACCCCCAGGCCGGGCAGCAAGCGCCCCGCACAGGUAGACAGGCCUGCUGGAUGCCUGGAAGGACACGGAGCGGUGAGACCGAGGGGAAAGAGCUCUGGCGUAGCCCAGGCCUGAGUUGUAACCUUGGCCCCUCUGCUGCCUCCCUGUGUGACCUUGGGUAGAUUGCUUCCCCUCUCUGAGCCUUGGUUUCUAUAUCUGAACAAGGACUGCAUAGCAACAAUUAAUGUGACCUGCUUGCACAUGGAAACGUAGUAAGAAUGGAAUGAGACGUUGGGCAGCAAAGGCCUGGAUAAACAGAAAAGGAUGAUGCACAGUGCAGACAAGCUUCCUCCGGGCAAGUCGGGGGGCAUCUGUCCAGGCUGCAUUGGUUGCUAUCCCCCGUAGUUGGAGACUUUGCACCCUGAUUGUGUCUGAAAUGCCCAUGGAACUUAGCUACAUGUUCCUGAAUCCUCUGGAUUUAUUUAUAGUCAUUAAAAUUUUCUCGAUUUUA